UUCCCUUCUCUUUUCCUCUCUUUUCUCUUUUUGCUUCUCUCAGAGGCUCUCUUCCCACGUUUUCAUCUCACUAUUUCCUCUCCUGUUGCUCUUGCUACUUGUUACUCUACCCUAUUAUUUCUUCUGGUGGUCUCCUGUUGCGUUUUUGUUCUUGAACGACAAACGUUUUUCGAGACUUUGAGGUUCUGCCUCUUUCCUAGCUUAGGUAUUUUGAUUUAGUUUUUAUUGUUACAUGUUUUCAAACGCACUUUCCGCUUGCUGGUGCAUUUGUGUUUUCAUAGCAUCAUGCUUUCUUCCCUUUCGUCGCUUCUCGGUUUUGGGCAACGUUCUUCUUUUGUGAUGUUGUCCAGAGGAUUUUCCUUCCUCGUGUUGCAAAUCGAUCGUCCUCCUCUAUUGCCUUCUUGUGUAUCGUCUUUCCAUGGUAGUAACCCUUACACUUCUCUUCUUGCGACAUCGCACUUCUUCAUUGCUUUAUCGUGUCGCUCACUUCACGUGCUACCCUUCUUUUUCUGUGGUCUUCUUCCGGGCAGCUUCCUUGUAGUUUCGCUUUUUCGCGUAGCACAGUCUAUCGUGUUUUCUUCUUCUUCUCACGUGUUGUUCUCUUAUGAAGCUCUUUUAGCACACAGCGGUUCGCCCUUCUUGUCCUUCUGUAGUGGCAAUGGUCUUUUGCGUUUCCUCGCAUGUCGACGGUUUUUACGUGUCUCUUCUCCCGCACACCAUCCUUCUUGUCCUCCCUUCUUCGCACCUUUCUCCAGUGUCAUUCUUCCUUUUUUGGCUCCAUUUUUGUAAAACCAGUCGUUGGGUUCUUCAAAAGCCGUUCCAUCCGCGUCUUCUUCAAGCUGUAUCUUCCUUCAGUGUCAAUCUUCUCUCGUGACACCAACUACUCGCCUUUUAUCCCAGCAAGUAGUAGAGCUAUCUUCUUGCCAAUCACCUGCUUAGUUGACACUCUCCGCUCUGUCGCAUUUGCGCCUCGCACUCUUUUAUAUCCUCUUGACGUCUUUUAGUCGUCGUCUCUUUCCAGCGGGAUCUUGGCUAUCUUCUCACGAACGCGAGUACCGGUGAUAUCUUCUCACCAGCUCAUCUACCGAGUCAACAGACAUUCUGAGACGCUCUUCUCUCGUCGGCUCCGCGGCGCGGAAUGACACUAAAGGCGAUAACCAGGUGCCACGUCCACUAAUCUGUUCUUCAACUCUGACAUUUCUGAACGGCCGUCAAUGAUAUCACUCGCGGGCGUCACUACUAAUCAUGCGCCGUAUGACUGGUAUGCUGCUGGUGCUAAGUGGAGAGGUGAUGUGUUGAAGUGAAACGUGUUGACGUUGACUGGAUUGGGUGGUGGUGAUGAUGCAGGGCAACUAGUUGGGUGUCCGGUGUUGAUUGGGGUCGGGUCAGUAUAAAAGGUUGGGUAGAGGUGAGGGCAGCAUCAGUUGCUUCCAAGGCGAUCUGUGAAGAGUUGCUACAACAGCCCAACAACAGAGCAAAUAACAAGCCUUGGGGUCUUCUGAUUUAGUCUCGCAUAGCCAGAGGAUCCACCGCGACAUCCUGACGAAGGACUUGACGGCGUAAGGACGUCAGCGCCGCCAUGAAGCUGUCACUGCUCCUGCUGGCGGUGCUGUCAACAUCUGCUAUUGCUUCAGCAGCCAACCUUCGCGGCAACGAAUCCUCUGACAAAUCUGGAGAGACCUCGGCGAGGAAAGGACGCUUCUUCUUUCUGGGAACUUUGCUAAAACAGGGAGCGAAUGCGGUAAGGGAUACCAUCAGCCAACUGGGGAGUUCGGUUGGACUGGUACAAACUGCAACCACCCCUGUUGUUCAAAAACCUGCCGAUCCCAUCUUCAUCCUCGACGUAUCUAGGACACCUGUUGCACAGCAACCAACCUAUACCAAUGUACAACAUGUGGCACAGCAACCAACCUAUACCAAUGUACAACCUGUAGCAUAUCCUCCAAAACGUCAUCCUCCUCCUACCUACGGCAAAAUGAAGCCUGCGACGUACCCUCCGAAACAACCCCAUCCUCCUGCGGAGAAGAAGAAGGAGAAGAAGGACACCCAGCCUUGUCCGGUGCCUCUGUUCCCCACUGGAUGUCCUGCAGGACAGGUGUGUGCCGUGACGAGUCCAGGACAUCACCAGUGCAUCCCGCAACAUCCUGAUGGAGCCAGCUGCGUCACCAACUUCGAGUGCACCUCAGGCAAGUGUAAGAGAAGCCACUGUGUGAGGGACAUGUGUAGGAGUCCCGGUACUCAGUCGAGCUGUCCCAAAGGAUAAGAGUGUGUGGCAACGGAGAGUGGCAACAAGUGCGUGAAGAAGGGGAAAGUCCAUGAGUGCCCAACGACGAUGUCCAUGCAAGGCUGUGGAGAGAUGGAAUACUGUACUGGAGGUUCGAACGGUAACGUUUGCACGAACAAACGAGGAGUCAACCAAGCGUGCGAACACAACGUUCAGUGUAUCUCCGGGUCCUGUAGGCACGGAAAGUGUCGGAAUGACGCGUGCCCCAUGAUCGACACGUCCAUCGACUGCAUGCCCACGCAGUACUGUACGUCCAGCCCCCAGGGCCACAUGUGCGUGUCCAAGAAGGAGAACGGCGCCCGCUGUGCGGUCUCCACGCACUGCCGCUCGGGUGUAUGUGAGCAUGGGGUCUGCGUACAAGACGACUGCUGGAAGCCUUUUACACAGGACCGCUGUCAGACCAGCCACUACUGCAGUCCGGGCACCAAGGGGCACACGUGUGAGAUGAAGCGCAUGCUGGGCGCCUCGUGUCGUUUCGACGUCCAGUGCAAGUCCCACAUGUGCCGCCAUCGGAUGUGUAUGACGGACAAGUGCAGCGUGCCGCUCUCCACCGACCGCUGCGACGUCACCACCGAGUUCUGCCAGGCGGGACCCACGGGCAACAUGUGCGUCACCAAGCUGAUGGACAUGACGUCCUGCAAGGUCAACGUCCAGUGCAUGUCGGGUCGCUGCCUGAACGGCAUGUGCGUGCCCAAGACGCCCGGUAAGAAGCCGAUAGGAGCGGCGUGUAUGAUGCACAAAGAAUGCGAGACGAUGUGGUGUGUGGUGAGCAAGUGUUCGGUGACCCAACACUCUGUAGGCGGCCGGUGCCUAGUCAACAGCGACUGCCAGUCCAACAUCUGUGGACCCAUGAUGACGUGUGAGGCGCUGACGACGACUACGGUAACAACACCUACAACAACGGCAACGACGCCAACAACGGCGGCAACAACAGCGGCAACAACAACGACAACAAUGGAUUCAACAACAAUGAUGAUGGAUACAACAACAAUGAUGAUGGAUACAACAACAAUGAUGAUGGCAACUACAACAAUAAUGGCAGGAUAA